AAUUUCCGUUUACGUCAUUGCGUCAGGACUCCAUUAGAGUUGCAGCUGUUUUGAGAGAAACAUCAACAAAAACGGGCUAACUGGCAGUGCGCUCUGGACGCAACAACUAGGCCUUGAAGUCUGGAAGCGUAACCUUUAUUUCCCACCCGGAGCUCGGCCGUUUUCUAACCACGGCCGCUCUCGGUGAGGAAACUCUGGCCUCCGCUUCCUCCUCCUCCGACUCGGACACCGGCGGAGCGUCGCCGCCCCCGCGGAAGAAGCACCGAGCCUCGGCGGCGGAGGGAGCAGGAGAGCCCGGGGCUUCAGCAGUUCUAACAGGCCUCUCUGGUGUUGUCUUGGGACUUGCUGCUCAUUCACAAACCACAUCGGCCAUCCAUUUUAAUCGUAGUGUUGUGAACAAUCUCCACGGCAUCAUGCAGUCAAACGGGGCAGGACAGGAACAAGAAUCCUCGGAGCUUUCCUGCCUUAACAGUGCUCAAAACGGGGAGUCAUCCUCGGCCGGUGGAAGCCACUCCAACGGGCUCCUGUCCAACACGGAUAACAGUAACGGCGUCGGCACCAGUAAUGGCUCUUCAGCGGGGCCCUGCUCGGGCACCUCGAGCUCGGAGGUCGGCUCUUUGAAAAAGAAGAAACGGCUAUCGCAGGCGGAGGAAGAUGUAAUACGAUUAAUAGGGCAACAUCUCCACGGACUGGGGCUAAAUCAGACGGUGGACCUGCUGAUGCAGGAGUCGGGCUGCAGACUGGAACACCCCUCGGCUUCCAAGUUUCGCAACCAUGUCAUGGAGGGGGAGUGGGACAAGGCUGAGAACGAUCUCAAUGAACUGAGAGCGCUGAUGCAUUCUCCCAACGCCAUUGUGCGUAUGAAGUUCCUGCUGCUGCAACAGAAGUACUUGGAGUACCUGGAGGAUGGCAAAGUGCUGGAGGCUCUGCAGGUCCUCCGGGGAGAGCUGACGCCACUCAAAUACAACACGGAUCGCAUCCACAUACUCAGCGGCUACUUGAUGUGCAGCCACGCCGACGAUCUUCGGGCCAAGGCAGAGUGGGAGGGUAAAGGCACCGCUUCGCGCUCCCGGCUGCUGGAUAAAUUACAGACUUACCUGCCGCCCUCAGUGAUGCUGCCUCCUCGCCGGCUGCACACUCUGCUGCGGCAGGCUGUGGAGCUGCAGAGGGACCGCUGUCUUUAUCACAACACCAAGCUGGACAACAGCCUGGACUCGGUCUCCCUUCUCCUCGAUCACGUCUGCAGCAGGAAGCAGUUUCCCUGUUACACCCAGCAGAUUCUGACGGAGCAUUGUAAUGAAGUGUGGUUCUGCAAAUUCUCUAACGACGGCACCAAACUCGCCACCGGCUCCAAAGACACUACUGUCAUUAUUUGGCAAGUGGACCCGGAGAGUCACCAACUGAAGCUGCUGCGAACCCUGGAGGGUCACGCGUACGGAGUCUCCUACUUGGCCUGGAGCCCCGAUGACACCUACUUGAUCGCCUGUGGGCCUGACGACUGCUCCGAGCUCUGGCUCUGGAACGUUCAGACGGGGGAGCUGCGGACCAAGAUGUCCCAGUCUCACGAGGACAGUCUCACCAGUGUCGCCUGGAACCCUGAUGGCAAACGCUUUGUCGCUGGAGGACAAAGAGGACAGUUUUAUCAAUGUGACCUGGAUGGGAACUUGUUAGACUCCUGGGAGGGUGUGAGAGUGCAGUGUCUGUGGUGCUUGAGCGACGGCAGGACAGUGCUGGCCUCGGACACCCACCAGCGUAUCCGGGGAUACAACUUUGAGGACCUCACGGACAGAAACAUAGUUCAGGAGGACCACCCCAUCAUGUCUUUUACUGUUUCAAAGAAUGGAAGAUUAGCUUUGUUAAAUGUAGCAACUCAGGGAGUGCACCUGUGGGAUCUUCAAGAUCGGGUGCUGGUGAGGAAGUACCAGGGUGUGACCCAGGGCUUCUACACCAUCCACUCCUGCUUUGGAGGACACAAUGAAGACUUCAUCGCCAGUGGCAGUGAAGACCACAAAGUGUACAUCUGGCACAGACGUGGUGAACUUCCCAUUGCCGAGCUCACAGGCCAUACGCGCACCGUUAACUGUGUGAGCUGGAACCCGGCCAUCCCGGGCCUCAUGGCCUCUGCCUCAGACGACGGCACAGUGCGAAUCUGGGGUCCGGCCCCGUUUCUCGACUCGCAGGAGACCGACGGGCUCAGUGAAAACUGCACCAACAUGGACAGUUGAUGGUCACUUACAAAGCAGACGACUUCUGACAUUGACAACAAUCCAAGAAUCCCACAAUAAAACAAAAUGUAAAUGGGCAACCAAAAUUGAGCACCACCCAAAAGCAAGUGAAGAAUAAAGUCACCAAAACACCAAGAAAACAAACGUGAGAGAAUUGACCUCCAGCCUGGCCGAUGAAAAUGGUGGACAUGAUGAUGGACACCGUGGAAAUUUAAGACCUCACCAGAAGAAGAAAAAAGUCUGAUCCCAGUCCAGAGACAUGGAAAUCCCAUGGGAUCAUCACUGGUGAGCUGUAACAGCUGUUCUCGCUUCUUACUGACCCUUCCUCCUCCAUUGUUGCUGUGCCAUCAUCAGACAUGCCAGGCCCUUGCAAGUACCUGAGGAAGCCCGCCUCCUCUUUGAUCUUGGAGCACAUGGAGUUCAUGUGACGCGUCCAGACAGACGGCACAGAUCAGCCGUCUCCUCAUUGCCUCUGACGUUACCUGUCUAAUGUCUUCGUGGACAAGGGUGGGGAGUUGUUGGGGGAGAUUGGUGCAUGGGGGGACUUAGCAACUCUUCUGUAUGUACUUUUUCCUCCUCCCCCUCAUGCUUGCUAUGUCUCUUGAUAUUCAAUUGUUUGGACGAAGGCGGCAAACCCACCAUAAAACAUCGACCAACCAGCUGACAGAACACAAGUAGGCUAUGUUAACUGUUGGAGGUUUGUUUUUUAUGAUAGUUCUAGCGUUUAUUCUCAUUUAAGAGGUGAAUCUUAGCUCAUGUAGUGCCCGUGGAAAACUUCUGUGUGAAGAUUCCGCUUUUUGUUUUUCAACAUUAGGAACGUUUUUAAUCCAUUAAUUUAACUUCUAACGAGGACAGUCGCUGUUGUAUUUCCAGCUGAACAACCCCCCCCCCCCCCCCUACACACACACACCCUGCCCCGAAUAACUCCAUCACAUCUGCCCGAGAGGAGGACAGAGCGAUCCACUGGUCACAUAUCAUCUGUGAGGGUGUCACGCAUCGCUGCCGAGGCGUGCUGCACGCUGUUGAGACGCAUACCACGACCCGUUGCAGCAGAGACGCUUUCAGACAUGAAAAAUGUGCAACCUAAAUUGUGCACCAAUGACUGCUGUCCCUCCUGUGUGUGUGAGUGUGAAUGUGUGUGAGAGCAAUUGUGACUGUGUUUUUUUUUUUUGCAUGCACACAGUAAGAGUUGAUAUUAACAGGUGCAGAUUUAAUUGGCGUGUAUUUUUCUUUCUUUUUUUUUUUUUGUAUGCGUGUUCAAUUCACACCAGCAGAAGAUACUCUCCCCCUCCCUCCCCCACACCCACCCUCCGGUAAAAAGGAUUUUAAACCAUCCCGAGUUAUCCAAAGCCCCCCUGGGACCUGGAUCUGUGAAACAAAGAAUUAUCAAGAGCCAUUUAGUUAAAUAUUAAGUUGCUUUUUGUUUGUUUUGUUUUUAUUGGGGCUUUACAUUUUCCAUUAGAAUGUUCUGGAGGGUUUUUCUGUCUUUGACCAUGAGGCAUUCAAGCAGCAUUGAGUUGUUGACAUCGGAUUUGUUGGAUAAGGGUGAAAAAAGGUAACGAAUGGAAACGGAGUGAGGCUUGGUUAGAAAAUAAAGUUAUAAAAUGUGUUCGCGAAGGUUCCUUUUAUAAGAGAAGCUAAUGAUUGUAACUGUUGGACAAAAUGGUAAUAUGGUAAGGUAGAAGAGGCUCGCGUAGGCGGGGAGUGUUUGUGCUAUCCUAAAACAAGAACAAUCUGCUUUCCUGUUCAUACAGUUGCACACAAAGCCCUCGGUAUGGAUGUCAUCCUCACUGCACUUUUGAGCCGUCUUUCUGGUCUCUUGCACAUACGACAGUGGCAUAAAUCCAUGGAGUUUAGAGGCUUAUGGUCGCCAUGCUGGCCAUUGUUCUGGCUUAUGAGGUUGCAUCAGUAAAGACUUAACAGGAGAUCACUAAAGGAGCUGAGUCCUCACCCUGUCUAUGCACCCAAAGGGAGUGACUGACCCAGACGUUAUAAAAACCAACAGUCAGGGAUGCCAGCCUCUUCUCCAGGGUACUAACUCUUGGAACUUAGAGAGUUCAGCAUUAACAACCCCUUUGCUCUCCAGCCAAGUUACUCAGUGGUCCCUUCACCAUUUAAAGCAUUUUUCCUUCCCCCCCCCUUUUUUCAGGGUAUGUUAUGGCAGUUUGCUACAGACUGAUACACAGUAAAAUGUUUAAAACAGUGCUUUUCUGUCUGUUUUUAUUGAACUUUUUCUUUUUACUUUCUUUUUUGUUUUGUUUGCAUUAUAUCAUUUUUUUGGUUGAACUUUAUCCCUGUAUGAUCAUAUUAAAAUAUAACCAGAC